UUCCUGCCUCCCCCAAAUUUCCCCGCUCCCGCGCGCGCGAUUCGUCCCCUUCCCCGCCAAAUCCCGCGCCCCCGGCCCAAACCUCCCGCGACCUGCGGCUCGCUGGCCACCUUAAAUCCCCAGGCGCCUCCCCCUUCGCCUCCCCUCCUCGCCGCUCGCCUCCCUGCAGCCCCCAGAACCUCCUCGGUCCACGCCGCCGGCGGCCCCCCGGGAGCAUGUCUCACCGGGAGAAGCCCGCACCGGCAGCGGUAAGGGCGGAUCGUCAAGCCCUAGCGCCGCCGCCUCCGCGUCGCGUCCCGAUGCUGCCGAGCUACUGGGUUCACCUUACCCCCGGCGGCAGCUCUACACCGAACCCGCGGCAAAUGGAGUCAACCACUGAGUCAUCUUGCUCUCUCACUGCUGUUGGUGGCUGGAGCAAAGUAGCAACCGACCGUCGAGUUGAGAACCGCUGUGCUGCCCGCAACCGCAACCAGUUUGAAGGAAUGCGGAAGAAGGCUGUGGUGACCAGUGAGGACCGCAUCAGUGAACUCCCAGAUGUGCUCCUCCACCAUGUGCUCUCCUUGUUGCCGGUGCAUGAGGCCGUGCAGACAUCUGUGCUGGCCCGCCGGUGGCGAUACCUCUGGAAGCACAUACCUGUCCUGCGCCUCCUAGGUCCCAACAAGAAGAGGUUCACCAGCGCCGAGGAUUUCGACAAGUUUGUGAACCAUCUCAUUUCCCUCCGUGGCCAUUUACCUCUUGUCAGCUGCGAGAUCCAAGCCUAUCCAACCAGUGAUGAUUAUGCUGGUGAACCUGAUGAACCCUUGCCAAACAUAUACUUUGAUUCGUGGAUCCAAUAUGCUCUAUUGUGCAAGGUUCAGGUUCUCAAAAUCAUUGGUGAUGAUGUGGGAGCGGAAACUGAGCUCAUCGUGCCUCUCAUCUCCCAGCACCUGAGGAGCCUGGAAGUUCAUCAUGUUCUGGUGGAAAAGGAUUUUGUUGAUUUUUCAAGCUGUCCAAUGUUAGAAGAACUGAAGAUGCAGCACUGUGGCCUUUGGGUGCGCAAGAUGUCGUUUCCAUCGCUAAAGCGUUUGUGGCUUACUGAAUGCAACUUCCCUGAGGCGUAUCGUGUUUGUAUUUCUGCACCCAGUCUUGUUUCACUGCGUCUGCAUGACAGUGGAGGCAAGACUCCUUUGCUUGAAAGCAUGCCAUUGCUUGAUACAGCGUCCCUUGACCUUUCUGGUCGAUGCAAUGAUAAGUGUCGGGGUUGUGGUGGUGAUCCAAGCUGUGAAGGUUGUCAUGGUUAUCCUGCUGGGAGUUAUCAUAGUGUCCUUUUGAAUACUUUGUCCAAUGCUGUAAAUUUGGAGUUGAAAGAUCAACCUGAAGUGUAUAUCUACAAAAGGGAUUUGGAAUGUUGCCCCAUAUUUGGCAGAUUGAAGACUCUUUUACUCGACAUGUGGUGCAGGGCUACUGACCUGCAUGCACUAGUUCGCAUUCUGCAGCACACGCCAGUUCUUGAAAAGCUCACUCUCCAGCUUCGUAGCGACUGGAAUUUGUUAAGUGCAGCCCGAGGUGAAAGAAAACAUGUUCGAAUAGAGCAAUCAUUUUCAUGUGUGCAUCUUCAGGAAGUCAGCAUUGAAUGUGAAGAGAAACUAAGGGUCAAGGAUAAGGUCAACCAAAUUGUGAAGAUCAUGACUAGAAAUGGUGUACUUACUGAGAACAUCAGUUUCAAGAAGAUCCCAAGGCCAGAAGAUGCAGAUCGCUUAUGGAAGGAACAUUACCAAGGAGCUGGCUUAACUGAAGAGUCCUAGUCGAUCGGCGGCCCGUUUUAGCAAGCCACAACUUUGAAAGCUGUGGUACAAAACCAAAAUACAGGGGAUCUUUAUGAGAGUUGAACCAAUUGUUAUAGCUCACCUGUUGGAGUUUUGGUAGACAUGCCAGCUCAACUAUCUCAAAUUUCCCAACCUCGACCUUGAGCUCAGUAAGCUGAUCAUGUUCUACCCGCAGCACGGAAUUCUUCCCCGAGUCGCAGUGGGUCAGAUGCAAAGACUCCAAGAGCUUGCAAGCGCUGAGGAUAUUGGGUAUGUCCGGUUCAGCAAACCUCAUGUUGCGCAGACGCAGGCGCCUGAGGCCAGCGAACGCAUCCGGGCAAGCACCGAGAAAACCAUUGAACUUCUUGGCAUGGUCGAGAAGAUCGGCAGGAGAGCACUCCAAAUAAGCCUUCUCUGUCAAGAUCUGAAACUCUGCGUUGCCAUGGCGCGGGCGACGGAUUCGCCAAUCAUGUAAGAAUCACGUUGCGUCAGGAUGAAUCUGAUUUGGAGCUUGCUGAUGGUGAUCUCCGGGCUCCUUGUGCGCAAGAUGUUAUCCGUCACAUGAGCCAUGGCACUGUUGAUUCUGAAAAAUUCAGCGGGGUCGAAAAUACGAGCACUGUCAUGGUGGCCUGGAACGGAACUGCAGCUCAGGAAGAACCGCGAGAGCAUGGUGAUGAGCUUCAUCAUUCGCCUCGAGAGGACGCAGGCCCUUACUGCGUCCAGCGUGUCCGCCCUCUCCAGAAUGUUGAGCAGAAGGUCGUUGGGCAGCUCGCUAAGCCUGUCUCCGUCUUCUUCCGCACUGCCGGCGGCGUCUUUGUUGCGAGUUGCUUGCUGUGCUGCGUUUACCUGGAACAACGGAUAAUCGGCCCUUUUAGGAAGAACCUUUCCUUUCGUGUGAAGUACGUAUGUACAAAUACCAAUCAGGCACAACAGUAAUAACAGUACUUACAUUGCGACGUCUGGGACGACGUCUUUUCUUUGUCAUGGCUGAUCGGACCAACAACUAGGCUUCUUGAUGAUCCGGCUGCACUGCACUAUUUGGAUCGACCUUACUGGAUCUGCCCCUGUUCGAAUCCCUCCUCCUCCUCUGCUUAAUUAGGCCGGCCGGCGCAAGAAAGCAGACUAAUCGCCGGCGAAAGUAAAAUCAGGGACGCAAACGUAUUCGAUCUUGUCUGUUUAAUAGCAUCCGACGGCCGUGGCCGAUCAAGUAAAAUACUGUAGUCCGUAUCUGCCUCUUCUUCCUCCCCAUCCUUUUCCAUCCCUGUCCACGGGAAGGAAACCCUAGAUCAGUCAGACCGGGGUCAUCUCUGCGGGAACUUUGAAGCCGAGGCACGAUCAGAGCGCUCCUUGCGUUUGGACGACACGGGGAAGUAGAUGGAGGCCAAGCGCAGGCGUUUGGACGACUUCUCGAAGAAGCAGAUGGAGGCCAAGCGCAGGAAAGAAGAGGCAGAUACGAACUAUUUUACUAGUAUGAUCAAGGAGAUGGAGGAGGAUAAGAAGGACGGUAGAUACAGGAAGGAGAGGCCGCCGUCAAGUAUUGUCAAGUACCAUGUUUUCUUGGAGAAAUUAUGGGGAUGGGACAGACUGCUAGCAAAAGAUCGUUCCAUUUUGUGCUCUGACUAUAUAGCACCUACCUUGAGGAGUAUAACCGUCGCAACAUUGCCGCAGUUGCAAGCAUGGCUGCUCUCACUGAGACUUGUAUCAGCAAGGAAAAGCAACUUGUGUCUGAGUGGACGUACCGGACGAAAUCUCAAAAGCCGAUGAUCUUACCGACGAGGAAAGCAAUCAUCCUGAGUUGCCUGAUCCACAAGCGUGCACACGCACUUUGCAGCAUUUCUGAUGUUUCCAAAGCUGCUUUAUUUUGUAUUGCCAAGGUGGCUGACCUGUUGCAUGAGUUGCUGAAUGGGUGUGGCGCUGAUCCCAGUGAUGAUUACUUAGUCGAUCAGUGCAUAGAGAUAUGCAUGUGUGCCUUGGGCCUUAUGAACUGCACUUAGGAAAAUUCUGUUGCUGCCUCCGCUGCCAUGUUGGUAUGUGCCCUCCUUAAAUAAACACCUUAUAUUAUCAUCUAUAUGUGCCUUCCCUUGCCUGAACUAACCAAAUAAAUAUAUUUUUUAUGUAUUGUACCACUGGAGUGGUAUUCCUCUCUGAAUGCUAGUGGCCGAAUGUGUGCUGAUUUCUGCUAUUAAGAAAAUAAUGUCAAAUGAGAAAGGGUGAGGGUGGGAGUGGGGGUGCUGAAAUAACUUUUUUCAUCCCACUGUCCUGUUAUCAUGGUGACGUAUACUCACUCGUCACAAGUUUAGGGCAAUCCAUCUCGUCUCUCAUGUAAUCUUGAAAAUACUACUUCCCGGAUGGUGUUUGUAUUUUGGCAGCUACGCAACAAAUUUUGGUAACUGCUACUCCCUCCGUUCCAAAAUAGAUGAACCAACUUUGUACUAGCUUUGUACUAAAGUUAAUUCAAAGUUGAGUCAUCUAUUUUGGAACGGAGGGAGUAGUUGUAAGAGUUAAUUGCAUGUUUCAAGGUUUCCCGUCUUUGGCUCCACACUUCUGUUUUAUCGUAGUUGAAAUCCUUGUCCAUCUGACACAUUUCAUGGCCAAUAUAUGUUGAAUUUUUUUGCAAGUUGACAAGCAACAUAUCUAGCAAUACACCAUGAACCUGAGUUCGUGAUCUGUUGCUUUUAAAACAAUGGUUACCCUGGAAGUCUUAAACUGUGAGCAUUAGUUGUUGUUUUGGGUAGAACCAUAGGGUAUUUUCUUUGAUUCUUUCUAUGGUCUUUUGACUAAUGCAAAACGUUGGUUUCAAGUGUGUAUCACCAAUGAGGCCGACCUGAUGUGUGAGCUGCUGAAGCAUGGCGCCAAGCCUUUUGAUGACAUCGUCCAGCACCUGCCAAGAGCUUGACAUACCUUACGCCAGACCUUUCUUGCAAACACACAUCCCGAUAGUAGGUGGCUAAUCAUUUCAUCGCACUGGUUGCAGAAGGGGCAAGAGUCCUGGUGUGGCAAACCUCGUCUCGCCAGCCGAUCGGUGGUCCAGCAUCGGUUCUUCAACGCCAACCAGAUCAAGAAACAGCACUACAAUGGCGCAGCAUAGUCUGUUUGGAGUGUCCGGGUCAAGCUCCACUACCGCAAUUACGUGGCACAGACCCAAGUACUCGCGUAGGGUGUCCAUGUCCAAGUUCGGGCCAAUGUCCAACGACCAGACACAGUGUGAUUACUGCCCCCCCCCCCCCCCCCCACACACACACAUCAUGGAGAAGGAGGCCACCACGGCGAGAACCAGCACUGCGGGAGCCUAUAAAGACUGAUUGUCAGGUUGACUCGGCGGCGCGAGAAAUUGCUGGAUUGACCUUGUGGUGAGGCCGCGCGGUCUGGCGGCGGGCGUCAUUGUUGUAGCGGUAUGACGCCGGCAACCAUUCGGUGUUGAAGCGUUGGGUUACAGGAGUGUUAGAUUGGAUAGGGUGCAUGACCUUCAUCCUUACAACAUGGAUUUGUUAGUGUUCAUAACUUCCCUUAUUUUCUUAUGUUGAUUUCCGAGAUCUGGCAAGUCAGAUCUAAAUAAACUAAAGAACUAUACUUAUCUGACCCAAAUAAAUACUACGCUGCAUUUUGUUGUU